UAGUUUUUAAACAUUUUAUUAAAUUAAAAAAAUCCUCUAAGCCUUAAGUGCAAAUUUCCUUGGUGGGAAAGCAGACAAUUUCCUGAUUUCUUUAGGAGUUUUCAGUUUCUGUUCGUGCGAGGAAAGGGCACGACGGAUAGCACGGGUCUUCCUGGGUCUGAGGUCCAAAGGCUUGUACUUUUUGUUUUUGUACAGUUUCCUCAAGUUUUCCUUUUGUUUCUGGUGCAUAACAAUGUCCUCAAGCUGGUGAGUUCCUUUUUAAGGUCAUCGAGCUGUUUGGUCAGCUCCUUUUUGUCUUUGUUUCUCAAAUCUGAGCACUUUACUUUACCCUAAAAUAAUAUAAAUAUUACAAACAUAACCUAUGAAAAUGAAAAACUGGAAAUAUCCGCGGAAAUAUGAAAAAAUUGGAUAAAAUAUUAUCUGGAACGGAGUGAGCAGAGGAUAUAUUAGCUGUUUUAAUUGAAAGAAACAGGGGAUGUUUUUGGAAAGUUAAAAUAAAUUAGGAUAAGUUUUAAUACCCACCAUUUUGGUAAAUUUUGUAAACUAAAAGAAAUUUAGGGAGGAGCUUAAAUUCCCUAGAACCCCUAGUUUUGACAUUUCUAGUGAUUUAUGUCACAUGUCAUUUAAUUUUAAAUUCUACAGUUUUACCAAUCUUAAGCAAGGUGCGGAACUAUUUGCACUCGGAUCAAAAAGUGCUGCACUACGAUGUUGAACAAUUAUUGCACUAGUGCUGCAGCACUCGGAACAAAAAGUGCUGCACUACGAUGUUGAACAAUUAUUGCACUAGUGCUGCACCCAGUUCGGCUAAAGGAAAUCGCUAUUAUUGAACCAACCAUCAACCAUCACAUGAUUUUGAAAAAAAUUCAAAUCAACAACAAAAACAAGUAAAUAAACAUUUAAUUAUUAUCGCUAAUAAAUGAGUUUACAAAAUAAUGCGGUACAAAAAGAAAAUGAAUUGUAUAGCGGCAUGUAAACGUAAACUUGUAUUUGCGCUUAUCAUAGUGAUUUUCAUUGUUUUCUUAUUACUUUGGCCCCAUUAUUGGAUAAUUAACGAUAUUGAUCGUAAAUUGAGACUAGAAAACAUUGACUUACUCAUAAAAAAAGAAGCGAGUAAUUUAACAUGCAAACAACCAGUUCUAGACAUCUACAAUCCACAAAUUAUGAAAUUUGUGAGGAAAGUAGCGCCCAUUGAUUGUUCCAAAGCUAGCAUAGAUUGGGUUAAAUGCACAGGUUCCGAAUGUGUCAUCCAAGAAGACGCCAAAAGAAAAUUCGGUCCCAUCAAGUGCGCAUUCACCGACAUAAUCCGCGUAAACGACUUUGAACUAUCAGACGGCAAAACCACUUCAUCAUCGGAAUACUAUAAACUAGAAAAAAGCGAUGUCGUCAGGGCCAAUUGCCAAUCGGCCGAUCGCAAAUGGUCGGCCACCCUCACCGGCCUGAGACUGGACAAUAGUGUUUGGGAUCGAUCCAAUUGGGAAGAGAUGAAUAAAAGCGCUUUGAAAAUGAACGUUUUGAUGUUUGGGUAUGAUUCUUUGUCGAGAAAUGCUUUUAUUAGGAAGUUGCCAAAGACUUAUGAGUAUCUAACUAAGGAAUUGGGGGCAAUAGUUCUUCAAGGAUAUAAUAUAAUUGGUGAUGGUACUCCUCAAGCUCUAAUACCCAUUCUCACCGGGAAAACUGAACUAGAACUGCCAGAUACGAGAAAACGUUUGAGAAAUACUCAUUUUGUUAACUCUUAUCCUUUUAUAUGGGACGAUUAUAAGCGGGCAGGUUAUGUUACGGCUUUUUUGGAAGAUCUUCCUAGCGUCGGAACUUUUACUUAUAGACUUAAUGGAUUCAAGGAAGUUCCUACAGAUCAUUACAUGAGACCCUACUACUUGGCAAACUUGGGCGAACAAAGUAAAUGGCCCAAGUUGUGCACAGGUGAAAUACCCAGGCAUCAAGUGAUGUUAAACAUGAUAAAAGAUUUUUUCAGUAUGUACCAGACCAAGCCGAAAUUUCUAUUUGGUUUUCACGGUGAACUGUCGCACGACGAUUAUAAUUUGAUUGGUGCAGCCGAUGACGAUACUCUGGAUUUGAUUACAGAAUUACAUAAUUCUGGAGCACUUAAUAAUACUGUUUUGAUUGUUAUGGCAGAUCAUGGACACAGAUUUGCUGAUGUUCGAGAUACAAUCCAAGGAAAACAGGAAGAAAGGUUGCCAUUCUUCUCAUUCACUUUCCCGAAAUGGUUUAAGCAAAAAUAUCCGCAAGCUUACGAUAAUUUUCAAAGUAACGCCAACAAGCUGACUACACCUUUCGAUAUUCAUAAGACGUUGAUGGACGUUUUGCACUUGCAGAAUACUGGUGUGGCAGAUAUUGUCAAUAAUAGAGCAGUAUCGUUGUUUUCACAGAUUCCACUGGAAAGAUCUUGUGCGCACGCCUACAUUGAACCUCACUGGUGCACCUGUCUGGACUGGGAAACCGUAAGCAUAGAAAUUCCCGUUACUCACCUUGUCAUGCGCAUCACCGACACUUUGGUCAACAAAAUAAACCAAAUAACCGAAUCGCACAGGCGCAUCUGCGAAAAACUAUCUGUCAAACAAGUGCAUGGGAUCAUGAAAAUGUCCCCGAACAAAGACUUGUUGAAAUUCAGCCACAACGCCGACAUAGACGGCUUCGUGGCUGAUUUGUCGGCUAAUUUACAAGUUGACAGUGAUUUGUAUCAAAUCAAAGCUACACUUGUGCCGGGCGAUUCGAUUUUCGAAGCUUCUCUGAGGCACUUUAGGGAUAGUGAUCAGAUGGUACUUAAAAUUAGUGAUAUUAGUCGGAUAAAUAUGUACAGAUCUCAAGCGUGGUGCGUUGAGAAAAAUUUGCCGCAUUUGGGGAAGUAUUGUUAUUGUAAAAAGUGAGACUGGUAAGUGAUCAAUGAACAAUGAAUCUCUAAUAAUUUUUUUUAUGGUUUUCAUAAACUUUAUCAAUAAACUACAAACAUUGGUUCAGUGGUUCUUGGAGAUGUUUUGUUCAAAUUUCAAUGUUAACUAUUUUUCUUUUAUUUUAACUCUUAAGAGAAGUAUGCAGAAUUAUUGCACAGUUGCAAAGUCACAGUUUGGUGACUGAUUUUUAACACCUUCAAGAUCGAAGGGUCUGAGCUAAGUGACCCUUUAACUGAAAAAACAUCUCUGCAUACUAAGAUAAGAGAAUCCAGGAAGAGUGAUCUCUAAACCUGAUAAUAUUCCAUGACCAGCUCGCUCUUGUGAUUUGAGCCUGUGUGACUUUUUCCUAUAAGACAAUUUCAAGAGACAAACUGUCCCAAAGCUGCAUAGAAGACAUUCCAAAUAAAUAGUUUUUGACUGGAAAAAACUCUUUCCAAACUGCAUCACAAUUAGUUUGUUCAAGUAAGAAAACCAUGUGGAGGAAUUUAACUUUCAAAGCUUAAUUUUUGUCAAUAAGGGAGCACAUAGUAUUGAUAAUACAUUUUUGACAUUUUGAUUAGAAAGUCAAUUUGAUUGAACUUAUUAUUUAAGUUCCCUAGUUAUAAACCCAUAGAAUCUCAGAUAUUUUUGGUAGGUAUACAUACCGUAUAAGUAUGAAUGUCCAUUGUAUUUUUAAUAUUUUUGUAAAAAAAAAUGGCUUAUUUUGUUAGAUUUAUCUGAUGGGGAAAUGUAUAGAUGAGUUUAAGUUAAUUUAGU